AUGGUGACGCUCGUCCGACCAGAGUUCGCUGGAGUCGCCCGAGGUGAGGAAAUUUCAGUAUCCUGCAUCCACGGUGACACCAAGCGAUAUCUCACUGCCACCAUUGACAUGUCCACCCCAAGGGGGACGGUGGCCGUACGGGCAGGGGUGGUAGAGAACCUGCCCGUCCCGGUCUUGGUGGGCCGGGAUUGUGUCAUAUUUGAUCGGUACUGGAAGGAAGCUCCGGCGAACCGCAACGCAGAGACCGGCCGCAGGAUCCAGAAGCGACGCACCCACCGAAGAACAGAAGGGGGCGCUCAACCAGCCUGGGCGGGCCUAUCUGGGGGAGACCCAGCCGAGACGGUGGACCCGGACGUAGAGGUGAGAGGGCCCACUCCCGGCCCUGAGGACUGCACCGCCACCGCUUCAGAAGCAGGAGCCGAGAAUCCAACAGCCCUGGAAGAGGUGGGUCCGAGUGAGACCUUCUCCGAGUUCUCCCACCGACAGGGGGACCCAACCAGAGACCACAGCCGAUUUGGGACGGCACAGCUUCAGGACCCCAACCUGGCUCAGGCAUGGAGGGAUGUCCAGGAGAUCGAGGGGCAGCUACAACCAGGGGUGAGUGAAACGACAAACCCACAUUUCACGGUUGAUCAGGGGCUGUUAUAUUGGGUACAUGAGGCCAAGGGAGAGUGUCACAAACAGCUGUUAGUUCCCAAGACUUAUGUCUCAAAGGUCCUGUAUCUUGCACACACCCACCUCCUGGGGGCGCACCUGGGAGUCGAGAAAACCUAUGAGCGUAUCCUUUCGCGGUUCUACUGGCCGGGCGUAAAGAGAGCCGUCGAAGAGUACUGUCGCCACUGCGCGGAAUGUCAGCUCCACAGCCCCAAGGUGAAGUAUAAGAACCCACUAAUACCUCUGCCUAUCAUCGAUAUCCCUUUCAGCCGCAUCGCAAUGGACAUUGUGGGCCCGCUCCCACGGUCCAGCCGGGGACACAAAUAUAUACUGGUCAUCAUGGAUUAUGCUACCCGGUUUCCCGAAGCUAUUCCAUUGAGGACAGCCACCGGGAAGACGGUAGCCAGAGAACCGUUCCUGUUGUUCAGCCGGGUGGGUAUAGCAUCAGAAAUACUCACUGACCAGGGAUCAUGUUUUAUGUCCACAGUACUGAAGGCGAUGUCGCACCUGUUGAAGGUGAAACAGCUGAGGACCUCAGUCUACCACCCGCAGACGGACGGGUUGGUAGAGAGAUUUAACCGCACCUUAAAACAGAUGUUGAGAAAAAUGAUAGAGACGGAUGGUAAGGAUUGGGACCAAUUGCUUCCCUAUCUAAUGUUCUCCAUCCGCGAAGUACCGCAGGGGUCCACAGGAUUCUCCCCCUUCGAACUGCUGUAUGGGCGGCGACCCCGAGGAAUGCUGGACCUGGCCAAAGAGACCUGGGAGCAGCAACCCUCGCGCCAUCGCACGGUCAUUGAACACGUGGAGCAGAUGCACCAACGGAUGGCCUGCAUAUGGCCUAUGGUCCGGGAGCACAUGCAGCAGGCCCAGCUGGCCCAAGCCCGAGUAUACAACCGCGGAGCCCAGGUGAGAGAGUUUAAGCCGGGGGAUAAGGUGAUGGUUUUGGUUCCGACACACGAGUGUAAAUUUCUGGCUAAAUGGCACGGACCGUAUGAAGUGACCGAGAAAACUGGACCGGUCAAUUACAAGGUCAGACAGCCGGGACGGCGGCGUACCACUCAAAUAUACCACGUUAACUUGCUCAAACGGUGGUAUGAAGCUGAACAACCGCCGGCCCAGGCGCUUGCUGCUCAUCUCUCUCCCCAGGUCACACCCGAGGUAACCAUGGGGCAGCAGCUGACGACUCACCAGGUCCAGGACCUCCGAGAACUCCUGGAUCGGAAUCGAGAUGUGUUCUCUGACCUACCCGGGCGGACCUCGAUAACGGAGCACGACAUCGUCACCGAACCGGGGAAGAAGGUUAGACUGAGACCGUACCGAAUCCCCGAGGCCCAGCGUGAGGCCAUCAGGGAAGAGGUCAGAAAGAUGCUACAGAUGGGGGUCAUUGAAGAGUCCCGCAGUUCCUGGAGCAGUCCAAUAGUUAUUGUACCCAAACCAGACGGUAGCCGUAGGUUUUGCAAUGACUUCAGGAAACUAAAUGAAAUUUCACGAUUUGAUGCGUACCCCAUGCCCAGGGUAGAUGAGCUGAUAGAACGGCUGGGACCGGCCAGAUUCCUCAGCACCUUGGAUCUCACUCGCGGGUAUUGGCAGGUUCCACUUUCCCCACAGGCUAAAGAGAAGACCGCCUUUGUGACACCGGAUGGCCUUUUCCAGUAUCGAGUCCUACCCUUUGGGGUCCAUGGGGCACCGGCAACAUUUCAACGCCUGAUGGAUCAAGUUCUCCGACCCCAUCAGGAAUAUGCGGCCGCAUACCUCGAUGACAUUGUGGUCCAUAGUGCCAACUGGAAGGUCCAUCUGGCCAGGCUGGAGGCCGUACUGGGGGCCCUCCGGGAGGCUGGACUGACGGCCAACGCAACCAAAUGUCGCUUGGGGUUAGAGGAGGCGGACUACCUCGGGUACACGGUCGGACGGGGGUGUGUGAAACCCCAACCCACGAAGGUGGAGUCAAUCGCAACAUGGCCCAAGCCCCUGACCAAGAAGCAGGUGAGAACCUUUCUAGGCCUAGUUGGCUAUUACCGGCAAUUCAUCCCCAAUUUUGCAUCCAUAGCCACGCCCCUGCAUGACCUGACUUCAAAGAAUCGUCCCAACCGAGUCAGCUGGACAGCAGAAACCGAGGCCGCCUUUGGCACCCUGAGACAGACCCUCUGCAGCGAGCCAGUUCUGGUAACCCCGGCCUUCGACCAGACAUUUGUACUACAGACGGAUGCUUCCAUGGGGGGGAUCGGAGCCGUGCUCUCCCAGAUACGUGAAGGGGCCGAACACCCGGUCACGUACAUCAGCCGUAAGCUAAUGAAGCAUGAACGGAAUUACGCUACGGUAGAGAAAGAAUGUUUGGCAGUCAAAUGGGCUAUGGACAAGCUGCGGUAUUAUCUACUGGGUAGAGAGUUCGUACUGGUCACCGACCAUGCCCCGCUAAAAUGGAUGGCUGUGAAUAAGGAUAACAAUUCCCGUGUCACUAGGUGGUUUCUAAGCCUACAGAACUUCCGCUUCAAGGUCGAACAUCGGUCCGGGAAGCUCCAUGGGAAUGCUGACGCCCUCUCCAGACGGGGGGAAUGCCUAUGGUCCGGCGCUCCAGGUGACAGCUUGGAGCUGAGGGGAUGGGUAUGUGGUGCCCCGAGGCCCUAUUGGGGCUCCACAAGAGAGCACGAGAAGCACCAGGGCGGCCGGGCCUCCCGCCACCGGCGACUGCUGGGACAAGUGGUGAGUGGGCAUUACCUCCCGUCUGAAAUAUUAGAAGGUUUCAGGACCAGGGACAGCAAGCUGCAGACCAGGUGA